CAGACUUGAUUCAUCGGACUAUUAACUUGUUAGCACAAAAAUUCUCCAUUAAGGAUUUGGGGUCAUUACAUUACUUUUUGGGCAUACAGGUUACCCCUGCAUCAGAUGGACUCUUACUUGAUCAACACAAGUACAUUACAGAUUUAUUACAGGUGUUGAACAUGCACGAGGCGAAUCCAGUAUCCACGCCUUUAGCUUCCUCAGCUUCCUUGACUCUGUUUGAUAGCUCAGGUUCUUGUGAUGUCACUCUCUAUCGUCAAGCUAUUGGAUCACUUCAGUAUUUAAGCCUCACCCGACCUGAUACGGCCUUUGCAAUCAACAAGCUAGCCCAGUUUAUGCACAAACCCACGGUGAACCAUUGGCAGCUCAUGAAACGUCUCUUGCGGUAUCUUCACGGAACAGCCUCUCAUGGUUUAUAUCUCCGUCGGAGUUCUCACCUUUCAUUGUGUGCUUAUGCUGAUGCAGACUGGGCGGGAAAUCCAGAUGACCGAUCCUCUACCAGUGCUUAUGCCAUUUUUCUCGGAGAAUCGCUUAUUUCAUGGAAGUCCUCCAAGCAACGCACAAUUGCCAAAUCCUCAACCGAAGCAGAGUAUCGGGCCCUAUCCACUGCUGCAUCUGAAACUCUUUGGAUUGAGUCACUUCUUCAUGAGCUUCGACAUUCCCCUUCUUCUCCUCCAGUUCUUCUAUGUGAUAAUAAAGGCGCUACCACCUCUUCUGCCAAUCCGGUGUUCCAUUCCCGAAUGAAACAUGUUGCCAUUGAUUUCCAUUUUGUUCGUCAACGUGUGCAACGUGGCCUUCUUCGGGUUCUUCGUAUCCCCUCGCAUGAUCAACUAGCUGACAUUCUCACCAAACCCCUUUCACGACAACGGUUUGUUUUUCUACGUGACAAGCUCAGGAUUCUCAGCACUGAUAGAAUACCUGGCUUGCGGGGGCAUAUAGACAGAAGAGUCUAGACAGCUCUAGAGAUCAGUUACAUGAGUUACAAAAUAAAUUAGAAUAUUUGUAUUUAAUACUUCAGUUACAAAUCUUUGUAUUUAAUAUUAUAAUUAGUAGCUUAGCUCUAAAAUGUUGU